AGGCCUAACUCUCCCUGAAAAGCCUCACAGAUGCAGAAAAUCCUCUCACGGGCCAAAGAGCACGAGGAGGACUUCGUAAAAGACGAGAUCCAUGGGAACGGGGAGUCUCGGCAGGACUUGGCCCGCGAAAAAUAAAUGGCAAAUCCCAGGAGGUUACGAAAACGGUGAAAACAUAAAUAGUCAGUCGCUCCCGAUCCCCAAUCAGAAAAACGGUGGGCAACGAACGGUGCACGUGCUGCACAAUUCCGAGCAGCCGGCCUCGGUCUUCGCGAUCCUCGAGUACGGCAACAAGGUGGUGCCCCUGAUAGCGGACAGGCUCUUCGAUCUCGUCAUUCUCAAGAUGACGAACGUCUGCACGGACAAGAAGCAGACAAAGAUCGAGUGCAAGGGGCCGCGAUUCGAGCUCGUCGACUUCUGCAUCAAACUCGGCAGCGUCACCAUGACGCAGAACUUCAAAGGAGUUUUGGUGGAGAUCGAGUACAGACCCUCGGUCGUCCCGGCCAACUGCUGGGAGCUCAUACGCGAGUUCGUUCAAGGAUUCCUCGGCUCCGCCGUCUCCAGCCAAAUUCCCCAAUACUUGCAGAACCGCAUGAACGAAAUUUAUCAACCAAUGGACACGAUUCAUCAAUAUUUAGAACACUUUGGCCAAUAUAGAAAAUCCACCGGUGUUAUAUAAGCACAUAGAGAUAA